AUGGCCCCCUCUCACCUCCGGCGCCCGCCGCAAGCCCCGCCGGUCUUCACCGCGACCCCGCAGUCCGUCGUUGCUGACGCAGAGCGUCUGAUCAAGACCUCCCGCGCCGUCCAGGAUAAGGUUGUUGCAGAAUUUACGCCCGAGACAGCUACUUUUGCGGGUGUACUGGGCCCACUGGCGCGGGAUGAGAACGUCAUGGCCCUUGAGACCCAUAUUCUGGGCUUUUACCAGGCUGUUUCAACGGACCAGAAACUCCGCGAUGCCUCAUCCAAGGCUGAGGAGCUAAUGGAUGAGUACUUUAUCGAGUCGGUGAUGCGGGAGGAUGUGUUCCAGCUGGUGGAUGCUACUUUGAAGAAGAAUGAAUCUUUGGACCCCGAGUCUCGCAGACUGUUGGAGAAGGAGCAUAAGGAAUUUGUUCGCAACGGUCUCAGCUUGCCUGCGGGUCCGCUGCGUGCCCGGUUCAAGGAGAUCAAGAAGCGUCUCAGUCAGCUGAGCAUUGAGUUCCAGAAGAACCUAAACGAGGAGAAUGGUGGUAUCUGGUUUACCCCGGAGCAAUUGGACGGUGUCCCUGAGGACGUGCUCUCUGGACUGAAGAAGGGCGAAGGCGAGAACGCCGGCAAGAUCUGGUUGACCUUCAAGUACCCGGACCUUUUCCCCACGAUGAAAUAUGCCACCAACCCGGAUACCCGCCGACAGGUCAUGACCGCUAACGAGAACAAGUGCAACCAGAACGUCCCGCUGUUCCGUGAGGCGAUUGUGCUGCGCGACGAGGCUGCUCGUCUUCUGGGAUACCCUAACCACGCUGCCUUCCGCAUUGAAGAUAAGAUGGCCAAGACCCCCGAGACUGUCGACAACUUCUUGGGCGAUCUGCGCACGCGCCUGACUGCUGGCGGCAAGCGGGAAAUGCAGACCCUGAUGGAACUGAAGAAGGCCACUGACCCCAAAUCCGAUGGCCGGUAUUACCUCUGGGAUCACCGGUUCUAUGACCGUUUGUUGCUGGAGAAGGAGUAUUCGCUGGACCAGCAGCUUAUCGCGGAGUACUUCCCGCUGCAGACCACUAUCGAGGCUAUGCUGAAGAUCUUCGAGGAGCUGUUCGGCCUGGAGUUUGUUGAAAUUGUUGGCGAGGACCGCGCCGCCGUGGCCCCUACCGGCAAGGGUGACGAUAUUGUCUGGCACGAGGAUGUCCAGGUAUUCAGCGUGUGGGAUGAUGCGGGUGAAGGCAACGGCUUUGUUGGAUACUUGUAUCUAGACUUGUUCCCGCGUGAGGGCAAGUAUGGCCACGCUGCCAACUUCAACCUCCAACCGGGAUUCAUCGCCGCAGACGGAAGCCGCCGCUACCCUGCCACCGCACUGGUAUGCAACUUCACCAAGCCCACAGCCAAGAAGCCCAGUCUCCUCAAGCACGACGAGGUUGUCACUCUCUUCCACGAGCUGGGCCACGGCAUCCAUGACCUUGUCUCCAAGACCAUCUACUCCCGCUUCCACGGAACCAGCACGGUCCGUGACUUCGUCGAAGCCCCCAGCCAGAUGCUUGAGAACUGGUGCUGGACGCCCUCACAGCUGCGCACCCUAAGCCGCCACUACUCCACCCUUUCCCCAGAGUACCUGGCCGGCUGGCACGAAGCGCACCAAGCCCGCAGUGGCGGUAAGACGGCGACCGCGCCGCCGUCCGAGCGCAUCCCGGACGACGUUAUCGAGAACCUCAUCCGCACCAAGCACGUUAACGACGCGCUGUUCAACCUGCGCCAGCUGCACUUCGGCAUCUUCGACAUGACCGUCCACGAGCCUGCCAGCCACGCUGAGAUCGAGGCCCUGCCCAUCUCAGCCACCUACAACCGCCUCCGCCGAGAAAUCACCCAGAUGGACGGACCCGAGGCCCUCGGCGCCGGCGAUGACUGGGGCCAUGGUGAGGCUACCUUCGGCCACUUGAUCGGCGGCUAUGACGCCGGGUACUACGGCUAUCUCAGCUCUCAGGUGUACUCGACCGAUAUGUUCUACACCGUCUUCAAGGAUGACCCGAUGAACAAGGAGCAUGGCCGUCGCUACCGGCAUACUGUGCUUGAGAAAGGCGGUAGCCAGGAUGAGAUGACCACCCUGACCCAAUUUUUGGGUCGUGAGCCGCGCACUGAUGCAUUUUACCAGGAAUUGGGGCUGGCGUGA